AUUGGAUCAGGAGGAUUUGGCAGUGUUUUAAAAGUUCAAAAUAAAAUGGACAAUCAAGAAUAUGCGGUUAAAAUGAUUACAUUUAAAGAAAAUGGUUUAAAUGACAAACAAAAAAGGGAUAUCUUUAAGGAAGUGGAGUAUUUAAGUCGAGUUGACCCCCAAUUUGUUGCUCAGUAUUUCGAUUCGUGGAGAGAAUCGGAUAUCGUUUACAUUCAGCUCGAGAUAGACCUCAAACCCGACAAUAUAUUAAUCGCCGACAAUAUACUGAACGGACGAUUCGUAAAGUUAUGUGAUUUCGGUUUAGUUACAGAACACAACAGCAGAAUCCAUAACUUGACAGAUAAUAAGCAUUCAAUAAACGUAGGAACCACUAAAUACAGGGCGCCUGAAGUUGCUCAUGGUAAAAAGUACGAUCAUACAUCCGAUAUCUGGGGGUUGGCACUCAUUGGUGGCGAUAUAUUCAGCUUGGACGUUUUUACCGAUAUAGAAAAGUAA